CACUUUAUGUGGCACAAAACUUGUUCUUCCUUAAUUGCAUAUUGAUCAUUCCCAAAUAUCUCUUAUAAUUUCAUAUUUCCACCAACCACAACUCGCCAACUCGCCACAUGGGCGAGUUGUUGCAUUUUUUGUGCCACUUUAUGUGGCACAAGACUUUUUUUUCCUUAAUUGCAUAUUGAUCAUUCCCAAAUAUCCCUUAUAAAUAUCCCUUAUAAUUUUAUUGCUUCAGCAUCUCUCAAUUUUGCUUUGUGAGAAAAUUAUUACUUCAUUAGUUUCACACUAGAGUUUAAGCAGCCUCGAACAUAGAUAUGGCAGGACGUCCGAACACCUCUCUCUUGUUUCUAGUUUCUCUACUUCUCUUAAUCACAUUCUCUGAUAUUGCUGAGGCUAUAAAGCUUCGUCCUUCAGAUUGCAAGCCAAAGUGUACCUAUCGUUGCUCGGCAACUUCACAAAAGAAGCCAUGCAUGUUUUUCUGCCUUAAGUGCUGCGCAAAGUGCCUCUGUGUUCCUCCUGGCACUUAUGGCAACAAGCAAGUUUGCCCUUGCUACAAUAACUGGAAGACCAAGGCAGGAGGACCCAAGUGCCCUUGAAAUUCUUCUAUACGAUAGUAAUAGCAUAAUCGGAUAGCAGUAAUGGCACAAUUGUUCUCUCGCAGAGACAAUAUAUGCUACCUAUGAUCUGUAUGGUAGUAGAUCUUUACCCAUAUAGUGAUGUAGUUUUUGUUCCCUUCAUCUGUUGUGAAGGGGGCACUAUUGCAAGAUGUAUACCUGGUUGCCACCUCAUUUUUAUAUUGGCUUUUUAAUAAAAGACUUAAUUAAUUAUUUCUC